UUCUUCUUUAUUAAAUUAAAGCAGUGACUCACAAACAACUGUUAGAGAAGAACCCAAGUUAGUUCUUCCUCAGUAGGUAUAUACUUAUAAAAUUCUGGGUUUUUCAUUCUCAAUUUUUUCACUUAUCCUUUUCUUUCUCUCUCCAAAUUAUUAUCUCAGUUUUUCUGGGUUUCAUUUUAUUUAAUUUUUUGGUUUAAAUUCUUAAGUACCCUCGUUUUUCGCUGCUACUGUCAGCUUUGGAUCUGCAGUUUCUUCGCUUCCCAGAAAAGGGUUUUGGUCCAACAUUGGAGUGAAUUUAAAUUUGGGGGAACUGAAAUUAGGGUUGGAUCUUGUGGGAAGAAUUGUAAUUUAAUGUAAAAUUUUUCUGGGUUGCGUGUGAAUUGUGAGGAAAUGAGUUUUGUGGCAUUGCGGGGUAGAUAAGUUAUUUCUAUUAUGAUGGAGAAUGUUACUUCGAAAGACGGGUAUUAUGAGACUGAUCUUGAAAUGGGUGGAGCUUGUAAUAACAUAGAUAUAAAUGGAGGUGAAGCAAAUGGAAAUCAUAGGAUGAAGGAAUUAUACUCUGAGGGUAGUAAUGGGGGGGUUAAGUUUGAAGAAAGAUUAACUUCGUCGAUUGGUACGAGUUGUGGUGAUGAUGCAGAGAAAGUGAAAUUGAUGGUAGUGGAAGAAAAGAGUGGGGAUGUAUUAGAGAAGAAGGUAGUUAAGGAGAGACCUAAGGCAAUGAGUGCCAAAAAGCCCCCAAAACCGCCACGGCCACCUAGAGGUUUGUCAUUGGAUUCAUCUGAUCAGAAGUUAAUCAGAGAACUUCAUGAACUUGCUAAGCUUAAGCGUGCAAGGGUCGAGCGUAUGAAAGCUUGGAAGAAGGCGAAAGAAACAAAGGUUGCUUCAUCAAAAAACCAGUUGUUUGCUACUCUGCUCACUGUUUUGUUCUGCCUAGUUGUGCUUUUUCAAGGAAUUUCAUCUAGGACUAAUACAACGACAAGUUUCCAAGGAUCUCCUAUCUCUUCUGGUGUUACAGCGCACAACAUAAUUUCUGUUCAGCAGAACCCUAUUUCAUCAUCAAAUUAUGGCAGCGGACCUGGUUCUGAAUCUCUUAGAUUAGUGGAGCGGUCUUCUGGUGUUGAUACAGCAGAACAAGCGAGCAGAGCUGUGGGCUGAGUAUAGGGUGCAGCCUAGAGUGCACUUGUGCACUUGUGAUUUCAGAUGGUGCCCAUGUUGGUGCGCUGGUUAUUCUUCUGCUGCUGAAGAAUGUGUAAAAGCACUUAUACUAAUAACAAAAUCUGUAGCGGUUUGAUUUUGCGAUGUACAUAGCGUUGCAUAAGCAUAAAAUUAUGUGUCCCGAGCUUCUGUGGGGAUUAAAGCGUUUUACUGAUGAAUAGAAUGGAAAUUAUCAUUA